GUAGAACAACUACGAAAGCAGUUUGACGAUGCGAUUGCCACGAAUGCUCAACAGACUGAGCGUAUACGCGAGAAUGAGAAGCUGUUCGAUCAGGAUGCAGAAAGGAUCAAAGAAUUGCAGCAAAAGCUGACAACGCAUGACCUGGAGCGAUGUGAGUUUUUGGACACAAUCUCUUCACUUCAAUAUGAUCAGGCUGAGCUCAAGGAACAAGUCCGUGUACGGGACGAUCAGAUUCGUUCGAGUGAGGUGAAAUUGCACGCGGUUCUCGCUCGAUCCGAGGAACUGGCUGAACAACUUAAAAUGAAAGAAGCAGAGGAGGAGUUAUUGCUGACGAAGGAACGUGAAGAGGCACACGAGGCCCAAAUAAAACAAACCCGUGUGAUUCGUUCGCUCAAGCUUCAAGCCAAAUGCGUCCUGUCCUGUGUAACACGGCGACAUCAUUUCUUGCUCCAACGAUUCCGGCGAAUGAAACAUUUGCACCAGAAACUAAUAGAACAAUUGGUCACACGAAAUGACCAGUUGAGGCGCCUAAGUCAAGUGCUCUGGGACACCGGUUGGGACUAUACCCGAACCAAAUAUGAACUGGCAAAGUUGAGCGAAAUCGCAAGCCUCCAAAAGAGUUCACAAACGAUUGGUUGGGAAAACGAAAUGAGUGAACCGGUGGGUUGA